CCAGCCAGUGCUGCCUGCCGCCCUCCCUUCCGGAAGUCUAAGCUGCGCCUCCCCGAGACCCGCUCGCAGGUGGAGGGAGCCGGGUCGAGCCCGGGCGCUCUGUUAGCCAGAGGCAGGCGGAGGAGAGCGGGUCGGCCGGGGCGAGCCGCCGAAGAGUAGCGGAGCCCGCCCUGCACGCCCGGGAGAGAAGUGGGAGGGAGGCAGAGUUACGUGAGGCAGCGCGGAGUAAGUGAGCUUGGGUCCGACUCGAGGUCGGGCUUAGGACCGAGACUGGUGGGCCAGGCCUCCGAGCCGGCGUUACACCCGCUCCGAGGAGCACUGAGCGGACACAUGGCCUCGCCAUUCCUGCCCGCGGGGGCCACCACGGGCGACAGCGGCGGAGAGCUGAGCUCGGGGGACGACUCCGGUGAUGUGGAAUCCCUCCAGAGCCCCGAGACCGAGACGUCCGGGAGCCUGACCGAGCUCUUUGAGAAGGCUGCAGCGCACCUCCAAGGCCUGGUUCAAGUGGCUAGCAGGGAGCAGCUCUUGUACCUGUAUGCCAGGUACAAGCAGGUCAAAGUUGGAAAUUGUAAUACUCCUAAACCAAGCUUCUUUGAUUUUGAAGGAAAGCAAAAAUGGGAAGCAUGGAAAGCACUUGGUGAUUCAAGCCCCAAUCAAGCGAUGCAGGAGUAUAUCGCAGUGGUUAAGAAAUUAGAUCCAGGUUGGAAUCCUCAGUCACCAGAGAAGAAAGGAAAAGAAGCAAAUACUGGUUUUGGUGGGCCUGUUGUUAGUUCUCUGUAUCAUGAAGAAAUCAUCAGGGAAGAAGACAAAAACAUAUUUGAUUACUGCAGGGAAAACAACAUUGACCAUGUAACCAAAGUCAUCAAAUCGAAAAAUGUGGAUGUGAAUAUGAAAGAUGAAGAGGGAAGAGCUCUACUCCAUUGGGCAUGUGAUCGAGGACAUAAAGAACUAGUUACAGUCCUGCUACAAUAUAGAGCUGAUAUUAACUGUCAGGAUAAUGAAGGUCAGACAGCUCUACAUUAUGCUGCUGCCUGUGAGUUUUUGGACAUCGUGGAGCUGCUACUCCAGUCGGGCGCCGACCCCGCUCUCCGAGACCAGGAUGGCUGCCUGCCGGAAGAGGUGACAGGUUGCAAAGCUGUGUCUUCCGUGUUGCAGCAGCACACGACUGGCAAGGCUUAAUCAAAAGACUGGAAAACCACACUCUGUAACAUCAGAGAGCGUCAAUGAUGAAGGAAAACUGCAAAAAUAAUACUUCUUUUACCACCCGUCUUUGGUAUACAUUGGCUAAUAAAAGUGGUUCUGAGGAACUGGGAUUCUGAAGUCUCAGCAGUUCAUUCUCCUUGCAUCCAUUCCAGCAAGUACGGUUUUGGUAAUGAACGUGUGUACUGUGCAUAAUACAAUCCAAUUCUGCUGAGCGUGCGCUGAAAUGUAUCACUGUUCUAGAGGGUGGGGCACGGAGGAGACACAUCGUAUUUCACAAUAUUAAACAUGGCUGCUCUUUAAAAAAAAAAACAUACAGCAGCAAAACGUGACCGACGGUGUGCUACACUGACAAUUAGGCAAAGUUGCACGAAAUCCCAGGACAGUAGAGAUCAAAUGAUCCUGUGGCAUUUUGCAGGCUGGUCUGAAUAGGUAGCUAAAAUGUCUUUUCUUUCUGGCAGAUGGAUUGCGAAGAUAGAGAAGAAAGAGGGGUGUUAAGAAAAAGCAAGCAAAAGAAAAAGGGUAGAAUUUUGUCAUAAAAGGGGUCUAGAAAUCAGAGGAAUAACCAGAUUUACUGAAAACCUCAAAACGUUGGGCAUUUUAGAGUAAGAUUCAGCGACCUCACUUCAGGAUCAAAGCACAGGUUCCGGAGGAUUCACUGGUUAGGUCGGGGUUCCUUAAACUCACCUUCACAGAAUGGGGAGGGAUUUCCCCAGGGCCCUUUUAAUUGGCUCUGAUGUCCCCCGUCCUUGCCUUUGGCAGUAGUCUCUGGAAAUGGGCUUAGACCUGAACUGUGAGGCCUGUUUGAAAUGUGAAAUAGCCCAUUAUGCCCCAGUGCUUAGUUGUGAUUAUAGUUAUUUCUGGAUACCAGGAGAGCUUUUUUUUUUUUUUCUUCAUUAAAAACAUAGUACACCACAGUGUUUCUUUAAAGGAUAGACGAGUAUGCCGCUGUUGAAACCAGCUCCCUACGUUUCCUCUUUAAGCCUCAAGAACUCCAUCGGGGGAAUCCCUUGACAUUUCUCAUUAUAUAAGGAAAGUAGAUUGUUGCCAUAGGAAGAGAAAUGAAGUAAAUGAUUUGAGAUGCAAAGAUGAGUAUUUAAAAGGUAAUUUUUCCAAUGUGUCACUAUUAAGAAAAGUAAUAAACUUGCUUCGUGGGAGCCCUCGACAGUGGACACAGUUUCCAUUAGCUGCACCUAACCUGUCCUUCUGGAACAAGCCCCUUCAGAGGAGAAAUGAGGCAUGUGAAUGCUGCUUAUUUUGUGAUUUUUCUAAGCUAAUUUCUUAUUUUCUGAGAUGUAAACCAAAUUUCUUAUUUUCUGAGAUGUAAACCAAAACCAUUCACUAAGACUGUUCAUUCUUUAAAUGGUUUCUUAAUUAUCUGUAGAAGUGAUGUGCAUGUUAGUACAUACUGAAAUAUUACUGUAAUUCUGGUAGAGCUUUCUAUUCAUUAUCUGUUCUUUUCCCAUAAUCCCAGCCACAUUGCAACCUGCUAUUAAACUAAA